AUCACAGCAAAAACCCUACUCUGCCGACAUUAAUACACGCCGUGAAGAAGACAGCUCAAAAGCCGAGUGUUCAGAGAUACCAGAUUCGAUUCUCCGAAGUCGCCGAAAGCCACUUGUGAAAUCUUUGUUUGCAGAUAGCUGAAGUCAAGCCAAGAUGGACACCAAGAAGGACCACGGUCCUCCUGCUGUUGUGAUGCUCAAUGAUGAAAGCGAGGGUAGUCGGGGGCAGUUGCGGGAACGGAUCAAUUGCCGGGCGGCCAUGCUGCAAAGGGCAGCCAGUCAGCAGAGCUUGGCGAGUGUUGGCAUGGACCAAUCGAGCCUCCAGCGACGACGCAGCAGUUUUCUGACAGCUGGGAGCAGUCAGCAGCGGCUCAUGUUCCAUGGGAGCCAUCGGUCGAGUAUGAGUUAUCUUCGCAGCUCGGUUGUCUCCAUCAAGUCGGCGGUAGCACAGCUCAUUGAAGAAGACGAGAUCGACGAAGAAGCGGCCGACUUUGCCUUGGAUGCAGGAGCCUCGUCUUCGGAAGAGGAAUGUACGAAGAGCUUUUGUGGUGAUGAACCCCAUCAUCGUCUCGACGAGGAUGGUGACGACGAUUACUUUGAUGAGACAGCAACCACCGGUCCUUGUAGUCGAACCACCAGUUCUCAGAUGCAACUGGAAGAGAUAUUGGCCGAAAAGACAAGUACGGGCUUCCGAUCAAUAAACUCGGAACCAUCCAUUGCGUCGUUGGCGUCGCUCUCUCAGGCAUCGUCGAGAGGAUCGUCGUGGUCUCUGGCAGCGGGCCUGAACAAUAGUGGACACAACAAAACCAAUGGGCUCGGCACCACUAGUGGGCACUCACAGCCGCGAAUCAGCUUGGGUCAGCCCUCGCAACGCUUCAGCAUGGACGCAUCCUUGGGAGCCACAUCGAGUCGUCACAGCCGGUUCAUCAAACCCGAAUCGUCCAAGUUGAGGGCAUUGCGAGCCUUGGCAGACGACCAGGAAACCGUAACGUCCUUGUCCGCCAAAUGGAGCAAGCUUGGACUGUUUGGGCGCAAUGAUCACGUGAAGCAGUUGCAGGCAUGCCUUUCGCAAUGGGAGAGCGCCAACACCAUAAAAGACAACAAUCAGCAACCAGACCAGAGACGUAACAGUCAGGUCAACAACAAUGACGACAACAAGAGACUUCGACGCAAUCUUGUGUGGUUGUCCGGGGCCUCGGGGACUGGCAAGUCAUCGCUGGCAGAUCAUGCCCUGUCGACUGAGACUGCCAAACAUCGCCAGGGCGGAUUGUACGUCAAGGGCAAGUUUGACUCUCAAAGCCGCAACAGCGAACGUCCCUUUGUGGGCUUUGCGGCUGCCUGUGAUGACUUGUGCGUCCAGCUAUUGGCGUCCAAGAGUCAGCAACACGAACGAUAUGCCAAAUUGCAAGAAUCGCUGCAGCAAGACAUGAGCAAGGACGAAGCCGUCUCGUUGUUGCGGCUGAUUCCCGGACUGGGGCCCAUUCUGGAAGCUUUGGUGCCAAAGCGGGAGUAUCAGAAUCUGGUUUCGAAAAGUGUCACCAAGGGCAGCUUGCGGUACUCCACGAUCGGUCGCUACAGCACCAACAGUCAAGAUGGAGCACCUGACAUGAUGGAAGCCGAGCAGACACCGCAGGAAGCGCAACAUCAGUUUCAUUUUGUUUUCAGGCAUUUCAUUCGGCUCGUGUCAGAUGUGUUCCCGCUCGUGUUGGUACUUGAUGACCUGCAAUGGGCUGACUCAGGGUCGCUUGAACUGUUGGAGGUGCUCAUCCUGGACGAGGCCAUUACCAAGUUGAUUCUGGUGGGAUGCUAUCGCGACGAUGAAGUGGGUCAUAAACAUGCCCUGGCGCGGCUGCAACGAGAGGCCAAUUCGAUGGCUGACGAAUGGGGUCUUCGAGUGGAGGAUAUCAAGGUGGGCAAUUUGUCCGUGGACGACCUGAAUCUACUCAUGGCAGAUCUGCUGGAUUUGGAACCCACGCAGACAAAGCCGCUGACGGAAACAUGUCACAAAAAGACAGGCGGAAACCCCUUCUACUUUAGUCGAUUUGUGACGAUGUUAUGGAAGGAAAAGCACUUGCAGUACGACCUACUUGCGUACAAAUGGACUUGGAAUGAUGAAGACAUUGCAAACUGCAGUGGCGCGACAGAAAACGUUGUCAACUUUUUGAGGAACCGGCUUGUAGAGUUGCCUCACAACACACAACAACUACUUCUCUUUGCAUCUUGCUUGGGUGCUGAGUUUGAUGAGAAGAUGAUAUCCUUGGUCAUGGACGACUUCUAUCCCGGUGCGGGCUAUCAGGAUGACUUGAAGUGUUGCAUAGAAGAAGGAGUACUGGAAAAAUGCACAGUUAGCAACAAGUACCGAUGGUGCCAUGACAAGUUAAUAGAAGCGGCACAAACACUGUUGGAGGAAGAAGAUUUAGUCAAGCUCAAGUUUUGUUUGGGGGCUGUUAUGCUGAAAUCACUGGGUGAGCAGAGACUCGAGGACAACCUCUUUGUUGUCACGAAUCUUUUGAAUGAAGCACCUUCGCUGGCAGAGAUGCCCAACAGACUGGCGGAUCUGAAUCUUAGGGCUGCAGCAAAGGCCGCGUCACUGUCUGCUUUCGACGCGGCAGCAGACUAUUGCAAUGCUGGCAUUGAACUACUGCGCUCAGAGUACAAGUGGAACCCUAACCAGUUCUAUCUUACACUGCAGUUACAUUCGACGGCUGCCGAAAUGCAUGCCAUUCUUGGAGAUUUCAACGAGAUGGAAAAACACUGCUAUGAAGUCCUAAACCGUCAAGAUGUUGAUGUUCUAGACAAGGUUCGCCUGCAUGAGAUUCUGAUGGACAGCAUAUGCUACCGCGAUCGAGUUUCCGAAGCUCGGGAAAUGUGCCGAUGCAUACUGAAACAGCUGGGAGUUCCAUUCCCGAAGAGCGCCAUAGCUAUCAUCCCCCAAGUACUGUUCGGCCUGAUCAAAGCGAAGACAAAGUCCGAGAAGAGGUGCAAGGAGAUAAGUAACCUCCAAUUCGUGCAGGGUGGAAAACACAAGGCAGUGACGAGGUUGAUGAUCAAGCUUUGCAAAUACUCGCUCAUGACGAAUUCGCUGUUGUUGCCUUUGGGCACACUGAGGGGAGACGCGUAUUCUCGAAAGAAUGGUUUGACAAUUGACACCCCAGUGAAUACUGCCUGUUUGGGGAUGAUGAUUGCUGCCUUCGUGGGCGACAUCCAGACUGGAUCAAAGUAUGCAUUACUGGCCCUUGACCUAGUUGAUCGAUUGCCUACGAAUCACAUCCUUGCUGAGGUGUCCUUCCUGAGCUAUGGUUUUGUUUUGCACCACACCAAACCUGUGCACGAGCUGUUGAAGCCCUUGCUUAGAGGCUAUGACUUGGCUCUGCAAACUGGAAACACAGAACAUGCAUGCUACAAUAUCUACUUCUACCUUCUCCUUGCUCUUCGCUCUGGCAAGAAUCUCCAUGCAAUACAAACAGACCUUCGAGCGUACACAAAGCAAAUUGAUCAAAUGCAGAUUGACAAGCCGUUGGUUUUCUCCAAGAUGCUCUGGCAAAUGACCAUGAAUCUAAUGGGCUUCGCUGGCACUAAACCAUUAACAUUGACCGGAGAGGCUAUGGAUGAGACAAGCUUUCUACAGUCACAUUCUGACGAUGCCUACUACUACACCCAGUUCCAAGCCCACCAAAAUCACCUCUAUGCAGUCUUCGGGGAGCAUCAGUUGGGUGCCAAGCUUGCCCUAUCCAAAGACGACAUCCUCCCAGCAAACCCUGGUACUCCGUAUGUGGUGAUGGACACCUUCUACUGUGCCGUUUCUCUGUUUGCCAUGGCCAGAAAAACCAAGCGAAGGAAGUAUGUUGCACGGGCGAAAAAGUUGAAGUCGAAGAUCGAUGGCUGGGCCAAAGAUGGGGACCCCAACGUCGUUCACUUUCACAUGUUCCUGGAAGCCGAAUCCUCUGCAUUGAAAGGAAAACCGAAAGAGGCUGCCACGCGGUACGAAGCUGCGAUUGUAACGUCAUCCAGACAUGGUUUCAUUCAAGAUGCCGCCAUGGCCAACGAACGGCUGGGUGAGAUGCUUGAGACGGAGCUCAAGGACGAGUCGUCCGCUGCAUUUCGUUUCCAGGAAGCGAUCAGACUGUAUGGCGAAUGGGGAGCCCAGCGUAAGGUCAUGGUAACAAGGGAACAGAAAGCUCACUUGUUGAAUCAGCUGUCAACAUUGAACGAUCACCCGAACCACAUCAUUCUUGUCCAUCAGGAAUCUUCCAAGUCUGUUGGAACAACAUAA